AUGGCCAAUCAGGCAAGCCAUGCCUUUGAGGAAAUUCUGCCGCCAUCUGCAUCUGCAUCGUCUUCUACACCAACCAAAAAGGUAAGCUACGAUGUAUUCAUAAAUCAUCGUGGCCCUGACGCCAAAGAAACCCUGGCCGCUUCUAUCUAUGAUACCCUCCAUGGAAUGGGACUUCAGGUUUUCUUAGAUAAACCAGAGCUUGAGCUUGGAGAUUCUAUCCCAUCUGAAACAGAGAGAGCCAUGACUACGUCUUUCCUUCAUAUUGCUAUCCUUUCAACCAAGUAUGCAGAAUCUCCUUGGUGUUUGGCCGAGCUAUCGUUUAUGCUCAAAACUGGCAAGAAAAUCAUUCCCGUCUUCUACAAUGUUGACCCCAAGGAUAUCCACUGGAUUUGUCAGGGAAAAGGAAUCUACGCUGAUGCAUUUUCUAAUCCUAAAAUCAAAGCCAGAUAUACUUCAGAAACGCUUCAGGAAUGGAAAAGGGCGCUGCAAAAGGUUUCAUAUCUUUCUGGCUACAUCGUGAAGAAUGGUGAGUUCGUAUCAAAUAAUCUGUUUUCAGUAAAUGUCAUGAUAUAUGAUAUCUCAUUAUAA